UCUGCUUCCCGUUUAGCAAAUACUGGAUUGGAUCAGAUGAAGCCCACAGGCUGCAGGCUUCUCUGACAUGCACGUAGGCGGUCCCAGCAAGCAUCUGUGGGGUCCGGAUCAGCCCCAGCACCCAUUUCCAACCACACAUCAGGCACCCCAGCCUGCGACGCAAAUGAGGAAACCUGCCUAAGCAGGAAUAAACAGCACCAAACUGUAGAGUUUCCCUCAUCCUGUUUUUCACUUCGUGUUUUGGAUGCUGCAGGCUGGGUGAGCAGAGAUCCUAGGCUUUGGCCCAGGCAGCUGGUCUGCCCCUGAGCCCAGCCAUGAACCACUUUCAGACCAUCCUGGCUCGGGUCCGGAUGCUGCUGUCCAGCCAUCAGCCGAGUCAAGUGCAAGCCCUCUUGGACAACAUGCUAGAGAAGGAGCUUCUCUCCCGGGAGUACCACUGCGCCCUGCUCCGCGAGCCUGAUGGCGAGGCCCUGGCCAGAAAGAUCUCCUUGACCCUGCUGGAGAAAGGAGACCCAGACUUGGCCCUCUUGAGGUGGGCGUGGAGUGGGUGGCAGACCCCAGUGGCGGAGGGGGACCCCAACUCCUCCAAGGACCAUGCUGACAGUGGACAGUUUGCCGCCAUGGAGUUGGGGCCUCUGGAAGGCGGGUACCUGGAGCUUCUCAACAGCAGUACCGAUCCCUUGCAGCUCUUCCACCUCUAUGACCAGACGGACCUGGCUAGAGAAGAGAUUGAGCUCUUCUCAGAACCCGACAUGGACACCAUCAACUGCGAACAGUUCAGCAGACUGUUGUGUGACAUGGAAGGUGACGAAGAGACCAGGGAGGCUUAUGCCAAUAUCGCGGAACUGGACCAGUACGUGUUCCAGGACUCCCAACUGGAGGGUCUGGGCAAAGACAUUUUCAUCGAGCAUAUAGGAUUAGAAGACAUGAUCAGCGAGACUGUGGAGGUGCUAGAGGAAGCAGGACACAAAAGUCAGAAAAGACCCUUCUCAGAGGAAAUGCCCGUGGACUUGAAGCACAGGAAGCUAGCUGAGCCCCUCACUGUACCCAUGGUGACCGGCACCUUCCUGGUGGGGUCAGUGAGUGACCCCUCGGUUCUUCCCUGCCUGUCACCACCUGCCGUGUUCAACGAGCAGCCCGCACCUGUCCAGAGCUGGCUCGGGGAGACUGUCCUGAUGCCAGUACCUGCCUCCGGUUCCUUGCUGAGCUGCCUGAGUCUUCCUGCUGGUGGCAUCCAGAUCGUCCCCAGCCUCCCCUCCCUGCCCCAGGGGCUCUGGCCCAUCUCGGGGGCUGGGACAGGGGUGUCUGGCAUGGUCAUCUAUCAAGGGGAGAUGCCCCAGGCCAGCCAGGUGCUUCCUUCCAGUGGCCCAGCCAUGCAGAGUCUCCCCAAGUCCCCAGAUCGGCCCGGCUCCACCAGCCCCUUUGCCCCAUCUGCCGCUGACCUUCCUGGCAUGCCAGAACCAGCCCUGACCUCCCGUGCAAAUAUGACAGAGGACCAGCUGUCCCCUCCCCGAUGUGUGGCAGCUCACGAGGUCUCCAGCAAGCCUCCAAAAUUGCCCGAGAGCGUGGAGCAGUUCUGCAGCUCCCUGCGAGACAAGUACCAGGCUGAGCCCGCAGGCCCGGAUGGCAUCCUGGUGGAAGUGGAGCUGGUGAGGGCACGGCUGGAGAAGAGCAGCAGCAAGAGCCAGGACAGGGAGCUGGCCACCCCGGACUGGGCGGAGCGGCAGCUGGCCCGAGGGGGUCUGGCCGAGGUGCUGCUGGCCGCGGGUGACCGCCGGCGGCCACGGGAGACGCAGGUGAUCGCUGUGCUGGGUAAAGCAGGACAGGGGAAAAGUCGCUGGGCCCGAGAAGUGAGCCGGGCCUGGGCCUGCGGCCAGCUGCCACAGUACGACUUCGUCUUCUACAUCCCCUGCCACUGUCUGGACCGUGCGGGGGACACGUACCGCCUGCAGGAUCUGCUCUUCUCCCUGGGGCCCCGGCCGCAGCCCGUGGAUGACGAGGUCUUUGGCCACAUCUUGAGGAGGCCCGAUCGCGUUCUUCUCAUCCUGGAUGCCUUCGAGGGGCUCGAAGGCCAAGACGGCGCGUGCGGCCCCGCAUCCACAGAGCCCCAGUCCCUCCGAGGGCUGCUGGCCGGCCUCUUCCAGCGUAAGCUGCUGCGAGGCUGCACCCUGCUGCUCAUCGCCCGGCCCCGGGGCCGCCUGGCCCAGAGCCUGAGCAAGGCGGACGUCGUGUUCGAGGUGGCCGGCUUCUCGGCCCAGCAGGCUGAGACCUACAUGACACGCUACUUGGACCACUCUGGGGCCACGGAGCACCGAGAGCGAGCCCUGGCCCUCCUCCGCAGCCAGCCAUUCCUCCUCAGCCACAGCCACAGCCCCACCGUGUGCCAGGCCGUGUGCCAGCUCUCCGAGGCCCUCCUGGAGCUGGGCGACGGGGCCGAGCUGCCCUCCACGCUCACGGGACUCUACGUGGGCCUGCUAGGCCCUGCGGCCCAGGACAGCCCCCCGGGGGCCCUGGCGGGACUGGCCAGGCUGGCGUGGGAGCUGGGCCGCAGACACCGGGGCACGCUGCAGGAGAGCCAGUUCCCGUCGGCAGAGGUGAGGGCCUGGGCCGUGGCCAAGGGCUUGGUGCGGCCCGUCCCGGGGGCCCGAGACACGGAGCUGGCCUUCUCCAGCUUCCUCCUGCAGUGCUUCCUGGGGGCCGUGUGGCUGGCCCUGAGCAGUGAGAUCAAGGACAAGGAGUUGCCACAGUACUUGGCAUUGACCCCGAGGAAAAAGAGGCCCUAUGACAACUGGCUGGAGGGCGUACCGCGCUUCCUGGCCGGGCUGCUUUUCCAGCCUCAUGCCGACUGCCUCGGAGCUCUGGCAGGGCCGGCCGGGGUCACCUUGGGGGACAGGAAGCAGAAAGUGCUCAGCAGGUACCUGAAGCGGCUGCAGCCAGGGACGCUCCGGGCCGGGCGGCUGCUGGAGCUGCUGCACUGUGCCCACGAGGCCUCGGACCCUGCGCUCUGGCAGCACGUGGUGCAGGGGCUCCCAGGUCGCCUGUCCUUCCUGGGCACCCGGCUCACGCCACCCAAUGCCUACGUGCUGGGCAGCGCCUUGGCGGCGGCGGGCCGAGACUUCUCCCUGGACCUCCGCAGCACUGGCAUCGACCCCUCUGGACUGGGGAGCCUCGUGGGACUCAGCUGUGUCACCCAUUUCAGGGCUGCGCUGAGUGACGCGGUGGGGCUGUGGGAGUCUCUCCAGCAGCGAGGGGAGACCAAGCUGCUCCGGGCAGUGGAGGAGAAGUUCACCAUCGAGCCUUUCAAGGCCAAGUCCCCGAAGGACGUGGAAGACCUGGGCAACCUUGUGCAGAUCCAGAGGACGAGGAGUUCCUCGGAAGACACAGCUGGAGAACUCCCUGCUGUCCAGGACCUCAAGAAGCUGGAGUUUGCGCUGGGCUCAGUCUUCGGCCCCCAGGCUUUCCCCAAACUGGUGAAGAUCCUCGAGGCUUUUUCCUCUCUUCAGCAUCUGGACCUGGACUCGCUGAGUGAGAACAAGAUCGGGGACGAGGGUGUGGAGCAGCUGUCAGCCACCUUCCCACGGCUGAAGGCCCUGGAGACUCUCAACCUGUCCCAGAACAGCAUCACCGACGUGGGCGCCUGCAAGCUCGCCGAGGCCCUGCCCUCCCUGGCUCCAUCCCUCCUCAGGCUGAGCCUGUACAAUAACUACAUCUGUGACGUGGGAGCUGAGAGCCUGGCACAGGUGCUUCCAGACAUGGUGUCCCUCCGGGUGUUGGAUGUCCAGUAUAACAAGUUCACGGGCGCCGGGGCCCAGCAGCUCGCUGCCAGCCUGAGAAAGUGCCCUCACGUGGAGACACUGGCGAUGUGGACGCCCACCAUCCCGUUCGGCGUCCAUGAACACCUGCAGCAGCUGGACUCACGGAUCAGCCUGAGAUGAUCUCCGUGAUGCCUGGGAUGAGCACGUUCCUGGAGGAUGCCAACCACGCUGGACCUUGAACUGGUGAUCUGUGGACACAGUUCUUCUCGUGUCCAUGAGCUGAGCAUCGUGGCGCCCAGCCCCGCCGGCUUGGGGUCGGCCCCCACCCAGCAGCGGGAAGGACCGCGGCCUGCUCUGCGGACGGACCCAGGCCCGGCUCCAGGCUCCUGCGGGGUCCAGGUUGAUGGCAGGUGCGGUCCCCCCUGCGGGACAGGACGCUCCCAGCAGCUCCCGCCAGCCUGGGGAGGAAGCGCCUCUCCACGCUGCUGUCCUAACAGGGCACGCUUGGCGCCCUGCGGAUGCCAGCGGUCAGCCCCACCUGCUCAAUCCCGGACUGUGACUGUGACAGGUUGGGGGUGGGGCUGUGGCUGCUGCGUUCCAUCUGCAGGACUCACUGUUUUGCACUAACUCUGUCGAGGCCAAAGCUAGGCGUGGCCCCGACACACUGGACUGGAGCUGGAAAUUGCUGAUGGUACACUAAGUGGGGGCGGUGGGCUGGAACCACACCUGCCCCUCGGCCUUCAUUUCUCGUGUUGUGUUUCACUACGUUAUAAAGGGCUCAUUUGAUCUCA